GUUUCCGGCCGGCUCCCGCCCCGUGUAGCCAUCUUGAAUUUCUGAACAAAAAAACAGGGUGAGACAGAAAGAGACAGAUAAAAACAGAGAAAUUCUCUGUAUAUUGUAUAACAUAAGCGUGAUGAAAAAAGACGGAUGUAAGGAAAAAAUAUGAAACAACGUGACGCGAGCGAGGGAGCACAUCGGCCGCGCCUCGCUUUAAGACUGAGAACUGCUAGCUUGUCAGCUAGCUGCAGAUAGGGAGAGAUAGCUAGUUAGCUUUAGCCAGAAGGCUACAGUGACUAGAAGAAUUCAUUUGUAGAAGGGGGCGAGAAGAAGAAAAGCCGUGGAAAUGGAUCGUAUAGAUUGAGUAUAGUCGUACCGAAAAAGGACAGGAGACGGAGGAUCGUAAAGAGAGACGGGGAAAACGAUUUAUUGGAAUCGUAGCGAGCGGGAUCGCUGUGAGCCGCGGCGCUGGCCAUGCCAUCGACCGCGCGGGCGGGGAGCCUGAAGGACCCUGAGGUGGCGGAGCUCUUCUACCGGGACGACCCCGAGAAGCUGUUCGCCGACCUGCGCGAGAUCGGCCAUGGCAGCUUCGGAGCCGUCUACUUCGCCCGAGAUGUCCGCUCCAACGAGGUGGUGGCCAUUAAGAAGAUGUCCUACAGCGGCAAGCAGUCGAACGAAAAGUGGCAGGACAUCAUCAAAGAGGUGAAGUUCCUGCAGAAGCUGCGUCACCCCAACACCGUGGAGUACCGAGGAUGCUACCUGAGGGAGCACACCGCCUGGUUGGUGAUGGAGUAUUGCUUGGGUUCUGCAUCAGACCUCUUAGAAGUUCACAAGAAGCCGCUGCAGGAAGUGGAGAUAGCCGCCAUCACCCACGGCGCGCUGCAGGGGCUGGCGUACCUCCACUCGCACAACAUGAUCCACAGGGACGUCAAGGCGGGGAACAUCCUGCUGACCGAGCCCGGACAGGUGAAGCUGGGGGACUUUGGCUCCGCCUCCAUCGUCGCCCCCGCCAACUCCUUCGUGGGCACGCCCUACUGGAUGGCCCCGGAAGUGAUUCUUGCCAUGGACGAGGGCCAGUAUGAUGGCAAGGUGGACGUCUGGUCCCUCGGUAUUACCUGCAUAGAGCUGGCGGAGAGGAAGCCUCCUCUGUUCAACAUGAAUGCUAUGAGUGCCUUAUACCACAUCGCCCAGAAUGAGAGCCCCAUCCUGCAGUCCAGCCACUGGUCGGAUUACUUCAGGAACUUCGUGGACUCCUGCCUGCAGAAGAUCCCGCAGGACCGGCCCACGUCCGACGUGCUGCUCAAGCACCGCUUCUUGUGCAGAGAGCGCCCCCUGUCUGUGGUGCUGGACCUGAUCGCGCGCACCAAGGACGCGGUCAGGGAGCUGGACAACCUGCAGUACCGCAAGAUGAAGAAGAUCCUGUUCCAGGAGACGCACAACGGCCCCGCCCCCGAGGGCGGGGAGGAGGAGGAGGAGGCGGAGCAGUACAUGCUGCGGACGGGCACGGUGAACAGCAUGGAGAGCUCCCACUCGGUCCCCUCCAUGUCCAUCAGCGCCAGCUCCCAGAGCAGCUCCGUCAACAGCCUGGCCGACGGCUCCGACGACAGCGGCGAGAUGGCCAUGAUGCAGGAGGGCGAGCACACCGUCACCUCCAACAGCUCCAUCAUCCACAGACCCCCGGGCCAUGAUAACAUCUACGAUGACCCGUACCAGCCGGAGAUCGACGCUCAGCAGCAGGCCUCGUCCGCCGCCCGCCGCAGGGCCUACUACCGCAACCGCGACCACUUCGCCACCAUCCGCACCGCCUCCCUGGUGACGCGGAGUACCAGCGACACGGCGGGCGUCUGCCUCGGGAGCGAUGUCGGGUACAAGCGCAUGCGCCGGCAGCACCAGAAGCAGCUGUGGGGCGCUGUGGGAGACAAGCUGAAGGGCGGAUGGGGUAGCACCCUGUCUGGACAUGUGGAGGCCCAGAGGACCAGCUUCACCGGCGAGGGAGACAAACUGGGCAAGAAACACCAGGCCAUCCUGGAGAAGGAGACGAAGGCGGCGCUGGCCGAGGAGAAGAAGUUCCAGCAGCACAUCCUGGGCCAACAGAAGAAGGAGCUCUCCAGCCUGCUGGAGUCACAGAAGCGCCAGUACCGCCAGCGCAAAGAGCAGCUCAAGGAGGAGCUGAAUGAGAACCAGUCCACGCCGAAGCGGGAGAAGCAGGAGUGGCUGGUGCGGCAGAAGGAGUGUCUGCAGCAGCUGCAGGCGGAGGAGGAGGCGGGGCUCCUGCGCAGGCAGAGGCAGUACUACGAGCUGCAGUGCCGGCAGUACAAGAGGAAGAUGCUGCUGGCGCGGCACAACCUGGAGCAGGACCUGCUGAGAGAGGACCUGAAUAAGAAGCAGACGCAGAAGGACCUGGAGUGCGCCAUGCUGCUGCGGCACCACGAGUCCACCCAGGAGCUGGAGUUCCGGCAGCUGGCCUCGGUGCAGCGCACGCGGGCCGACCUGAUCCGCACGCAGCACCAGACCGAGCUCACCAACCAGCUGGAGUACAACAAGCGCCGCGAGCAGGAGCUGCGGCAGAAGCACGCCGUGGAGGUGCGGCAGCAGCCCAAGAGCCUGAAGUCCAAAGAGCUGCAGAUCAAGCGGCAGUUCCAGGACACGUGCAAGAUCCAGACGCGGCAGUACAAGGCCCUGCGGAACCACCUGCUGGAGACCACGCCCAAGGCGGACCACAAGGCCGUGCUCAAGCGGCUGAAGGAGGAGCAGACGCGCAAGCUGGCCACGCUGGCCGAGCAGUACGACCACUCCAUCAACGACAUGCUGUCCACACAGGCUCUGCGAUUGGACGAGACGCAGGAGGCGGAGUACCAGGUGCUGCGCAUGCAGCUGCAGCAGGAGCUGGAGCUGCUGAACGCCUACCAGAGCAAGAUCAAGAUCCACACCGACUCGCAGCACGAGCGCGAGGCCAAGGACCUGGAGCAGAGGGUGUCCAUCCGCCGGGCCCUGCUGGAGCAGAGGAUCGAGGAGGAGAUGCUCUCCCUGCAGAACGAGCGCUCGGAGCGGAUCCGCACGCUGCUGGAGCGCCAGGCGCGGGAGAUCGAGGCCUUCGACUCGGAGAGCAUGCGGCUGGGCUUCAGCAACAUGGCGCUGACGGGCAUCCCCGCGGAGGCCUUCAACCAGGGCUACCCCAACCCGCCGGCCGCCGUCGUCGGGGGCUGGCCCUCGCGCCCCGUGCCCCGCUCGGGCAGCCACUGGACCCACGGCGUGCACCCGCACAACUCGGGGGCGCCGCCCUCCUGGCGGAGCCAGAACAGCUGCGCCGGCGGCGGCGGGGGCGGGGGCGGGGGCGGGGCCUUCGGCCGGGCCGAGUCCAUCAGCUCCGCCCACGGCCUGGGCCGCGAGAGCGGCAUGCACUCCCACUCUUCCUCCUCCUCCUCCGCCUCCUCCUCUGCGUCGUCCGCCGCCGCCGCCCACCACCACCACCACCACCACCACUACCUGCCCCAGCACCACCACCACCAGAGCACGCCGCAGCUGUACCGCGAGCCGCACCGCGAGCGGGACCGCGACUGGGGCGGGGCCCACCCGGGCCACGCCCACCACCUCUCCGCCCACAGCUCCUCCCAGUCGCUGGCGCUGCUGCCCCCGCCCCCGCCUCCGCCCCCCAUCACCCUGUCCUCGUCCCCGCCCUCCUCCUCCUCCUCGUCCUCCUCCCAGGGGGGCUACGGCGGGGGGCCCGGGCUGGUGGUGAGGGGCCCCAGCCUGAUGGCGCUCAGGAACAGCCCCCAGCCCCUCCGGAGGACCGCGUCCGGGGGCGGGCCGGGCGGGGCGGGGGGCGGCGACGGCGGCCUCAGCAGGAGCACCUCCGUCACCUCCCACAUUUCCAAUGGCUCUCACCUCUCCUACUCGUAAUGAGGGCGGGGCCGGGGGCGGGGCUCGCACCUCUCCUACUCGUAAU